ACAUGCGCGAUUUAUGACACAAACAAAUGUCCUAACCUUAAAAAUGCCGCCUUUGAUAAUUUAUUAUACACUUUGCGAUAUCAAGCGUUUAAUUUAAUAUUUUUGCUGCACGAGAAGAAUGCGUUGAUGGACCCUUUUGGUCGAAAUUUAUUUAUUUUAUUUUUUCUAAAUAUUUGGCGCGAAGAGAACAAAUGCUGUGGACUUUGUAAUCAUUACGAAAGCAUGACGAACACGUUGAAUGCUGGCGUAAAAUUGAUAUUUGACAGAUAAGUUAAUUCCGAGAGGAGAUAUUGACGUGUGCCUAUGUAAAAAAAUAGAUAUGGCAGAGAAGGGUGCCCAUUUGACUGGAACUGCGUUCAUCAAGCCUUCUAUCUUUGAAAUUAUCGCCCAGGAAUCGCUUGCGUCCACCCUCGAACCAGCUUUUAAAAAAAUCCUUUCGUUCCUAGUUUCUUUUAAUCCUGAAAGGUAUGGACAUAUUCUUCAAUGGGCAGACGAGGGCUAUUUAAUUUUUAAUGCAAUUCUUCAACGAUAUUACCUAAAGAAAUAUUCUGCAUCAUUUUCUGAAACAUUUUAUGGUUUGAAGCGUGUUGCAGUAGUCGAUUCUACACUCAAAGGAAACCUAUCGCAUAAGCAACAAAUACUAUCAUUAAUAUUAAUUGUGAUAUUUCCAUAUCUAAAAAAUAAACUUGCACAACUCAGUUCGAGAUACAAACUCGAAGAAGUAGAUGGUCAAGCAUUAAGAGAGAGAGGGCGGAAUUUUUUUCAUAAAUAUAUUGUUAAAGGACACUCGAUUCUUUUUAUAACAUACGAAUCACUCGUACUGUAUAAUUAUAUACUUUAUAUAUCGGAAAAAUCAGUGUAUCCAUCACCUUUGUUGAGAUUAUUAUCAGUUACACUUACAUAUGCCGAUCCACACUCUGCUCUCACUAUUGCAGAAUUGUUGAGGAAGAUAAAAUACAAUUCAUUCACUGUUGGUGAUGGAUGGAAUAUAUUUCAAAGAAUUGUCACUGGAUCCCUCGAAAUGGGGGCCUUUUUCCUACAAUUUCUCUCAUGGUGGACCCAGGAAAAUUAUGAUAAGGAUAUCAUGAGUCUUCCAGCUCCUCCACCUCCAAAAGUGCCAACUAUUGCACAGCGAUACAAAGGAAUUUGUCCACUUUGUCAUAAGCCUCAUCGUAUACAUACGGUGCUUAUGGUAUCUGGUUAUGUAUUUUGCUAUCAUUGCAUUUUAUCGGAAAUACGAAAAAAUAAGAGGUGCCCAGUGACGCAUUAUCCUGCCAAAGAAGAUGAUUUAAUACGUCUGUAUAUAGAAUAAAGUAUAUAUAUAUAUAUAAUAUAAUUAAAUAAUAUAUAAAAAA